GUCAGCCGCAAAUCCCAUUCCCCAUCGACCGCUCUGCAAUCGAGAGUCGUCCUCAUGACGUCCACGGGCUCUCCUGGUGCUCGCCGCCGUCGGCACGGCUGUGCUUCCGUGGCGACCGACGGCGCCAGCAGGGACUGGUCGUCGCUGCCGGCAGAGCUCCUUUUGUGUGUCUUCGCGCUCCUCCUCUCGGACGCGGACCGCGUCCGCUUCCGCGCCGUGUGCCGGCGGUGGGCUAGCGCCGCCGGGGCGUGGCGCCCGCGGCCCUGGCUCGUGGGAUCCCGCACCGACCGCUCCGGGCAGGGCGCGGCCACGUCCUCCUUCUGGCUCUCUCGGGCCGGCCGCCUCCUCCCGUUCCCCGCCGAGAUCCCGCCCGGGCUGGAGUACCUCUCGUCGUCUUCCCACGGGUACCUCGUGCUCUCCGAUCCCAGCAGGGCUGGGCCCGGCGGGGGCAAGGCCAUCACGCUGCUCAACCCUAGCACGGGCAGGCGGGUCCCACUCCCCCCGAUCGGAUUCUUCAAGAAGUGGCACGACGUCCACACCGUCGUCCUCUCCGCCGAUCCGGCCAUGUCCGGCGGAGGCGAGUGGACUGCGGUGGCCUCGGCGUUUCCGGCAAACUGCCUCGCGUACUACUGCUCGGCGGCGGGGGUGUGGACGGCGCUCAACUUCCGCGUGACCGGCUACGUCGGCGUCGAGCACUUCAGGGGCCGAUUCUACGUCGCCUUCAAGAGAAACAUCUACGUCCUCGUCCACGAUCUCAACCAGCGUGGCGGCCAGCCCGUCCUCCCGCUCGGGGACGCCGUGGAGGGUGAUUUCCCUGGAGCUGGAGGGCGCAAGGAUUAUGAUUUCCCUGGAGGGCGCGCCUCCGCCGUCGACACACACCUGGUGGAGUCCGAGGGCCAGCUGCUGCUCGUUUGGGUGCGCGGCGGGGACGGGUACAGCUCGGAUGACGACCUACGAGAUUACGACAACGUCAUAGUCGGUGACGACGACGAGUUAGAGGUCGUCACCAGGAGCAAUAACAGGCGGACGGUGGAGGUGCACAGGGUGGAGCUAGUCGGCGACGGCGCGGUGCGUCUGGAGCCGGUGUAUAGCCUCGGUGCCGGCCGGUGCGCGCUGUUCCUGGGGCGGAACCGCGCGUUCACGCUCUCGCCGGCGGAAUUCCCGGCGUGCCGCGCCAACUGCGUCUACCUCCUCGACAGGCAGGGCCACCCCAACGGGGUCGUGACGGUGUUGAACGUGGAGCGCAGCUGCAAGGAGACCAUCUACCCAGAGGAGGGCCUGCGAGGCUGGACGUCCGCCGGUUGGGCGCGUCGUGGCUGGUUCUUUGCAAACUAUUAGCAAAUCAUCAAUCGAUCGGAUGCAUGGUGGUUUGUAGGAUCUUCCACAAUGUUAGCAAUAAUCUUGAUUCAUGUAUCUGCAUAGUCAUUUUUUAGUUCUGCAUGAGUGUUUAGGUCAUAGGGUUAAUUUGCAAGCCAUAAAAGCUUCAUUCAAGCGCUCGUGAGGCGAGAUGCCAAGCCACCAUGAGAUGAAGGUGUGCCAGGUGAGAUGCCAAGGUGCUGGUGCUGUGGGAUGCAGCAAUGUGAGAUGCCGCCCGCAGCGUGCGUGGAUGAAUUAGAGGCGAUGGUUUGGCUGUGGAGUGAUUAAUUCAGUCAGCAAUUUGGCAGUGAAGUUAUGUUAGUAGCUUGGUCGAGUUAGUUGGGGCUGCAUGCAAGGAGUUGUUAGCUACUCCCUCCGAUCCUAAAUUGUUGUCAAAAUAUUACAUGUAUCUAGAUGCUUUUUAAGAAUAGAUACAUCAUCCAUAUUUGGGCAAAUUUGAGUCAAAAAUUUAGGAUCAGAGGGAGUACUAGCUAGUUGAGCACGUGAACUGCUUUGACUUAUUCUUAUGCACUCGAGCGAUUUCAGGGAGAGAAGAGGAUUAGUACGGCACAAAGCUACUCCCUCCGUUCCGACAAGAAUUAUGGAACGGAGGUAGUAGGUGAAAGUACGUAGUUGCAUCCACCGGCUGCGUGUGCGUAUGUUUAUUUAAAAGGUUGUAAGCAUGUUUAUUUGAGACUAACGAGAAGAGGAAGAGAGAAGGAAAAAGGGCCGGCUGUGUCCUGUGUGAGGCAGCUGGUCGCCAAAAUAGUUGUGUCCUCGUGUUCUUGCGAGUGUUGUGUGAGGCAACCCAAAGAAGAAGGAGGAGCUGAGAGAUUCGUCUUCAAAACACAAGAGCUGUGGGUUGAUCAGAGCGGAAUCGAUGGCGCAGAACUCUGGAGGUCUUUCCAACGUGCGCUAUCUGUGGCAUGGAAGGAGAGACCGGUUUUCACGCCGCCACCCGCCGCACCAAAGCUCGUGCACUGAGAGAUCUGCUGCGACUUUCCUGGCAGUUGCCGACUGAAGAUGAAUUCAGAUAUACCGGCCCCCAUUGACUGCAGGUUAUUCUCUGUCAAUGCAUGACAUAACCCGCAUGAGAUUGCUGCUGUUAUUCUUGCGUUAAUUGUUGGCACCUACGUACGUAACGAUGUUAAUGUUAUCCAUGGCAAAAAGGAGAUGCGUCGGUGGUGCAAUCAGCGAGCUUCUUGGUUUCCUAUGGAACAGCACUGUUUCAAAUCCGACAAGACAAUAUAGUCAAAGCUAAGGGGCUGCGUGAUCCGUCCGUCUACUGGCAGUACCUGUUAAGUCUGCCUGGGUUUCCUCCGUCGGUAGGCUGGGCAAAGGUGAAUAUGCAGCCUCGUGUUUUAACUCAGACACUGGUGAAAUUUCGCUGGAUGCAUCAUCCGGAACUGCAAUGGUGAGGCCCUCCUGUCGGCUUGGGGAUGCCUUCCUUGGUGUCGCAGGACCACUAUGCCAGUGCCGUGUUGAGAUCUAGCAAGUGGACCAAAUGGGAAUGGCCUGGGUGUAAUAACCGAUCGAUGAUCCAAGACUGCAAUAAGGAAAUUCUAGCGAGUCGAACCAUACAUAUAAUUUGUGUGUGUUAUAAAUUGUGUUGCGACUCAGUUUGUCAUUUGUGUGUGUUUCCCAUGUUAAAUAGUUUCUUAAUAAAAAUUUAUUUACCCAUAUGUAGUAUGCAUUCACGAGAAAAGCAAAUCUGAUUGUACAAGUACACUCUUGAGCUAUCCAGCCACACAUCACGCUUUGAGAUUCAG